AUGGCCGAUCUCUCAGCGAGCGGAGAAUUGAACCAGCCCAUCCUCAACCUCACCCCCGAGGAAAAGCGUGUGUUCCAGUAUCUCUUCCAGCAGGCCGACACCGAGAAGCUCGGCGUCAUAACAGGCGAGAUCGCCGUCAAGUUCUUCGAGCGCACCAAGUUGGCACCCGCCGUCCUGGGCGAAAUAUGGCAGAUUGCAGAUACCGAGAACCGCGGUCUCUUGACCAUGGCAGGUUUCUGCCAGGUCUUGCGUCUGAUCGGACACUACCAGGCUGGCAGAGACCCUGCGCCAGAGCUUGCCUUUAGACCUGCACCGUUGCCCAAGUUCGAGGGCCUAAACAUCCCGUCCGCACCUCCACCACCAGCAGCCCCCGGCUUCUCCCCGCAGACCACCGGCUCGAUACAACCUCAGAUGAGUGGCAACGGUCCUAUCCGUGUGCCUCCGCUCGUACCCGCCAAAGCUACCGAGUACGCGGGCCUGUUCGAGAAGUCAGGGGCCGUCAAUGGAGUGCUCUCUGGCGAAAACGCAAAGGAAAUCUUCGAGAAGGCUAGGUUACCAAAUGAGGUGCUCGGGCGCAUAUGGAAUCUCUCAGACACGGAGCAGCGCGGAGCCCUCAACGUCACAGAAUUCAUCAUCGCUAUGCAUAUGCUGGCUUCAUACCGCACUGGCAGCAUGAAGGCCUUACCAAACACACUGCCCCCUGGUUUGUACGAAGCCGCCUCUCGCAGAGGCGUCCUCCCACCCCCACCAGGGCGACCAGACCAUGCUGCCGCCAUACCCCGUCAGUUCAGCGGCCAACAAACUGUCCCACAAACACAGAGCCCAAUAGGACGAUCGCCAUUUGGAGCACCACCCCAACAAGCACAAGCCACCGGCAGCGAUUGGCUCAUCAGCCCACAAGAGAAGGCUUCGUACGACAACCUGUUCAAAACAGUCGAUACCAUGGGUCGCGGCUUCAUUACCGGAGAUCAGGCAGUACGCUUCUUCAGUGACUCGGGCCUACCAGAAGACGUUCUUGCUGGAAUAUGGGAUCUUGCAGACAUCAACUCGGAAGGCCAGCUGUCCAAGGAUGAGUUCGCAGUUUCCAUGUACUUGAUUCGACAGCAACGGAAAGGAGAUCAGCUUCCUACGACAUUGCCACCGCAAUUGAUUCCCCCGAGUCUGCGCACUGCAGCCAACCAGGCAGUGCCCGUUCCUGCUCCCCAGACCGCCCCACCCGUCGUUCGCGCUCCUCAGCCAAAAUCUGCUGCGGAUGAUCUCUUUGGGUUGGAUGCCUUCUCAGCCCCCGCGUCUGCACCCCAGCAACUGCCGCAAUCGACUGGGGGUUCGGCUUCAUUCAGCAAGCCCUUCGACAACGAUCCAUUCUCGAGCAAGGCCGCUUCUCCAACCUCUCCUCACCCCUUCCAGCCAGCGCCACGGAACCCUGCUUCUACCUUCAAGCCAUUCAUGCCCAGUUCUUCCUUUGGCCAGACGCUCACUUCUCACUCGACAGGUCAAUCGGGGACCUCUGGUGUACAGUCUCGAGCCCCUCCAUCGGCUAUGGAUGACUUACUCGGCGGCGAGAAUGAUGCUGAAAUCAAUAAGAAGCUAACACAAGACUCGACCGAGCUAGCCAACAUGUCAAACCAAAUGACCACAUUGCGGAACCAGAUGCAGGAGGUGCAGAACAAGAAGGUGACGACUGAAAGUGACCUGAACAGCGUCAACACUCAAAAGCGUGAUCUCGAGCUUCGCUUGUCGCAAUUCAAGAGCCAGUACGAGCAAGAGGCCAAGGCAGUGAAGACGUUGGAGGAUCGUCUCGCCAGCUCCCGCAACGAGACUCGAAAGCUACAGCAGGAUCUUGCUAUGAUCGAAGGAACCUACCAAGAUCUCCAAAACCAGCACCGCGAAGUGGGAGGUGCCCUCGAGGCUGACCAGCGGGAGAACAAUAACCUUAAAGAGCGUAUUCGUCAAAUCAACGCUGAGAUUGGUCAACUGCGUCCACAGCUCGAUAAGAUGCGGAACGAUGCUCGGCAGCAGAAGGGAAUGGUGGCGAUCAAUAAGAAACAACUCACUACAAACGAGGGAGAGCGCGACAAGAUCAAGAGCGAGCUGAGUGAUUUGAACAAAGGACAAGAUGACGGUUUCCGUAGCCCACAGGUGCAGACCCCAGCCGUUGUGAGCCCUGCCGCUUCUACGGCCAGCCACAACACGAAUCCUUUCUUCCGCAAGUCACCUCAGGCCACUUCCGAGAAUGCCAUGUCACCGUCAGGCUUUGCCCGUGAUGGACCUCACAAGGACUUCGACAGCGUCUUUGGCUCAUUUGCUCCACCACAGGGCACUGCACCUCCCGUGUCUUUCCGCUCAGAGAACCAAAAUCAAACACCAAGCUUCUCCGCUCCAUCUGGCCAGUCUGUUCGCUCUUCUGAAGGUCCAGAUGUUCCGACCCCAUCUACCUCUCCACCUCUUUCCGCCUACCAUGAGUCCCCACGUGGUGUCGAACCACCGGCCCCCCCUGAGUCUCGUCAAUUCGCCUCUUCGUUCUUGCCUCUAAGAGAUGCUGUCCCACGAUCCGACUCAUUCAGCUCAUCUGUCAAGGUAUCCGCGCCUGCUAGCAGAUAUGGUGGCCCCAGUGCUGCCGGUAACGAGACACCCACAAUUUCCAAGGCGUCGCCUGCGAGCACCCCUGUACCGGAAAAGCCAUCAGUUGAGCGACAUGACACCACCAGGACUGAGACGGAUAACUUCAAUCCUGCUCUUUUCAGGAACUUCUCCGCAUCCCCAGUAGCUAGUGUCACAAGCGACACCCAGCGCUCCACCACUAGGCCCGAGGAUCGGAAAGAUGCUUUCUCGAGCUUUGGAGCACCGUCUGUCGGUCCUAGUCAGGAUAUUCCAGGAGCCUUCCCACGCGAUGCUAUCACACCGCUUCAGCCGACACAGACAGGGGAAAGCAACCUCAGCGGUCAUAGCAGGAACAACAAUCGUGGUGAUCCAUUUGGAAGCACUUCUGGCGAACAACCUCGAGGAGGCAAGGAUGAUUUUGACGCGGCUUUCGCUGGCUUUGGUCCCAGUCGUCAGAACACGGCUGCUGCAUCUGGCGCAAACGGCCCCGCAAACGAGUCCCACAAGUUCAACAAGGAGUUUCCUCCAAUCGAGGAUCUGGCCCACGAUGAUGACAGCGACAGCAAUGAUGGACAGGGUUUUGACGACAAUUUCACCUCCGCUUCGCCCCAUCAGAAGCGCAGCAGCGUGAAGCAAGACAAGCAACCUCAGCAGCAGCGCCCAGGCACUGCUUCGAGUGAUGAGCUCUACAGAGCACCACCCCCGACCACCCGUCUCGAUUCGAAUCUAAGCGGCUUGCCCUCCCCGAGUGCACAAAAGUCUCCGCCAACCUAUGAAUCGAGUGUCAACCAGACUAGGAGUGGCUCAAACCAGUUCCCGCCAGAAUUUGGAGGCCUGCUUCCCUCGCGUGAGGUUCCCAACUCGCCCACUACCUCGCAAGGGCCGGAAAAGUCGUUUAAUCCCGCGGGCGGCCAUGGAGCUGCUCUCUUUGGUGGAUCCUCUUCUAAGCCUGCCACAACUUCGCCGCCUCCUCUAGACACCCCAUCGUCGACUGUGCCCUCUGACGCAUACCACUCCGCCCUGUCCUAUGGAAGUAGCGAUACGAACAAGGGACCUUCGCCGCCUGCCAACGUGCCACAACUUGGAAAGUCCGCUUUCAACGACGACUUUGAUGCUGGUUUUGACGAUCUAGCUGAUGCGAAGGAGGUAGAUGACAGGGCUGAUGACGACUUCAUGUUCUCCUCGCAGCACCGUGAUGGGCUUGACGAGUUCAAUCCUGUAUUUGACUCACCCGCAGCCUCAAAAUCCAACACCAUGGCUUCGCAGCAAACUCCCACUGGCAAGCCGCGCGGCGAUGACAGCUUUAGCGACUUCGAGCACCUGUCGCAGAGCUUUGGACAGCCCCAGCAACCACAGCCUGCAGCCUCUGCCCAGGACUGGGACGCCAUCUUCUCCAAUCUCGAAUCCUCGCAGACUGACAAGGGAUUGCACUCACAGCAAGCAUCGACUGACUUUGGCAAGUCGGUUUUCGACACCUUGGACAAGGAGGAGGCUGCCGCAUCUUCAUCCAAGGGAACUCUCGCGCCUCAGAUGCCCCCACUUGGCCGCGCCAUCAGCUCCGGUACCGAACAUGACGAUCCUAUUUUGAAGAAGUUGACUGGUAUGGGCUAUGGCCGUAACGACGCUUUGUCUGCGCUUGAGAAGUUUGAUUACGAUAUUAAUAAGGCUGCGGACCACUUGGCGAGUGGUGGGAACUAA